CCGUAGCCACGUAUAUUGGUUCUCGUUGCCCUACCUUCGUUUGUUUUUAAUUAUGAACUUUUUAUGAGACUCUAGUUUAUGUUUGUGUAUUAGUCAACUGCGGAACGGUUUUAUGUAUUUUCGGAGACUGAAUUGAUGAUGUUAUUGUGAAGUGACUGUAGCUGUGACUUAAAUUUUGGUGAUUGUUUGUAUCUACAAGAUGAUGAUGGAUCAGGCUCACUUCGGGGAGUAUUUGUUGAGGCAGCAAAUGUUGCACGCUGCGUCCCUCAGCGGCUUGCAACACCGCGUGGGUGCGGAUGCCGAACCGCCGGCUUGCGAGGCGCGCCUGCUCAAUGGCGACCUCUGGCGGCGUUUCCACGACAUCGGCACUGAAAUGAUCAUUACUAAGGGAGGAAGGCGCAUGUUCCCAUCUCUCCGCAUCUCGCUGGCUGGGCUGGACCCUCGCGAGGAGUACUGCGUGCUGCUAGAACUGUCCCUCGUUGGACGGCGGCGCUGGCGCUGGGCGGGCGGGGCUUGGGCAGCCGCUGGUGGCGCUGAGCCUCAAUCCCCUAGGCGGCUCAUGCUACACCCUGACUCCCCAGCUCCCGGACAUCACUGGACUGCCAACCCAGUGUCCUUCAGCAAAUUAAAACUUACUAAUAAUACUAUGGACGCACAAGGACAUAUGGUAUUGACCUCGAUGCACAAGUACCGCCCGCGGGUACUGGUGGUGCGCGCGCGUGAUGCUGCUGCACUCGCUUGGGGAGCACCCCACGCCUCAUUCUCAUUCCCUGAGACGGAGUUCAUUGCUGUCACCGCUUAUCAGAAUGACCGCAUAACAAAAUUGAAAAUAGAUAACAACCCGUUCGCUAAGGGCUUCAGAGCGUGUGGCCAGUCUAAAUGCAAGAGAAAGAAUCCAGACUCUGGCAGCGAAGGUAACCCAGAGCCGAGCACGGAGCCCACUGAUGCCAAGAGACCUUGUUCUGAUGCCGCGUCCUCUUGCUCUGAGGAGGGCAGCUUACGCUCCUCAUCGCCGAGGUCGCCGCCUUUAGUAGAAUCCCCUGCUCCGCUCGUCACACCUCCAGAAAAUAUUACUCCACCACCAGCCGCGUUCUACCCUCCAGAGUUACCGUACCUAGGACCGCUACAUAUGCCGAUGCCCUUAGGUCUCUGGCCUAGCAGUCCUUUGGCUAGCGGUUUCUCGUGGGGCCCCGCACUGCCGCCGCCCCUACCGGCGGCGCCUUCACCCCCUGCCGCGCCGGCGCCCUGCAGACGGGUAAAAAGCUUCACGAUUAGCGCUCUACUCGGAGAAGGAUGAUUUCAUAUUUACACAUUUCUACUGGACAAUAAAUGACUAAGAAGUUUAAGUAUCUACAAAAAUUUUGUUUGUUCCUUCGCGAACGGUACAUCUUGUACUUAUGUAACUUUGCGCCUUGUAACCAUAUGAUAAGGUACUUAAAUUAAAAUUGUAUAAAGACGUUAACGCGACAGGGAUAUUCGCAAUACCUACUUACCAUAUAAAUUAAUGUAAAUAUUUUAUAGAAACAUAGUUUUAUUUUAAUGUUUAUUGAAUAAAAUUUAUAUGCCUACCUCGUUAUGAUAAGUAGUUAAUGUUAAUUAUUGUAUUGUGAUAGCAGUGCCUUAAGUUUGUAUAAAUGUAUGUUAAAUAUUAAAGUAAUUUAAUUAAGUAGUCAAUAUUAUCCUAAUAUAGGUAGUCAAUGGAACCUUUAUUACCUUAUUGGUACUUGGUAGUUGGACCUUAGGGAGGUAGGGUGAAUGGACCGCGGGUAUGGAACUAACUCACUUCAAUAAAAGUGCAGUAAUGACGUUACGUACAAAAUGUCUGGGUUCGUACCUAUGUAUGUCAUGUAAUGUGCGUGCAAUCGUGCAUGUGCACUUGUGCAGGCAAUAAAGUUUAAACCUAUGUAAAUCUACUUAAUCUAGUGUUUGUAAACUUAUUAUUUUAGACUUGUUACUUAAUUUUAUGUGAAUUCUCUCCUACUUAUAUUGUUCUUAAAGUGCUAUACUGUGAGGCUUGCCUUCAGUUUAUAUUCUUUUGGGUUGGCGAAACAAAUGUCGGUUGAAGAUUUCGCAUCCAUGACUUAUGCCUUAUGUAUCUGUCACUUAUGUAAACUAUUGUAAAUAUUGUAAAUAAUAUCAGUCACCGAUUAAGCAAUUACAAUAUAUUUUUUAUAUUUGACUUAA